GAAUGGUUGUCCACAACUGUGUCAUUCAUUUCGUAAUGAAUUUUCUGGAAAAAUGAUUACAAAAAUUGAUUUGAGUUUUAGUUUUAGUCGUGUUUUGAGUGCUAUUUGUCGACAAAUGCUGUGAAUUAUAAUUAACUCACUUUUGGCUUAAUUUAUCGCUUAUUUCCUUAUAUUUUGUGUCAAAAUAUUUGUUACAUUUGUUUGCAUUUGACAUUCAAUAACAAAAUGAGUGAUCAAUCGGUGGUCGACCAGAAGGCACCCGAAGAACAGGAGGACAAGCAGUCGAGUGAUGGCGAGUCGACUGCCGAUGAUAUGCCACCGCUUGAGGACAUCAAAUACGACGACCAGACGGAUGAGUCGCUGAAGAAGAAGAAUAUUGUGAUACCGGAAGACAAACCGCAACCAAAGCCGGCCGAAGACGGAUGGCUCGACGUCUUAGACAACGGAGAGCUCAAGAAGUUUGUGUUGACGGCCGGCGCUGUGGGUCAGCCCCGGCCUGAGAGGGGCUGUAUUGUGGCCAUCAAACUGAUCGCUAAACUCUUCGACACCCAAGAAGUGCUGGAAUCGGAGUCCCAUGACUUGAUUGAUGUGAUUGUUGGCGAAUCGGAUCUGUUCCAGGGCUUAGACCUCAUUAUACCGCUCAUGGAUCAGAAGGAAGUGGCGCGCGUUGUCGUCAGUUCCCGGUUCGCCUACGGGAAGACCGGUGUCCCGGAUGUGGUGCCGCCAAACGCCACACUCGACUGCGAACUCCAUGUCGUGUCCGUCCGGUGGAUGGACGAGGACUUUGUGCUGCCAAUCGUGGAUCGCAUCAGAAUUGGCAACCGCAAGAAGGAAAGGGGAAACUUCUGGUUCGCUCGACAGGAGUACUCCACUUGCAUCCAGUGCUACAAAAGUGGUCUCAAACUACUGGACGCCACCGAAGACGAGUUGGAAUCGGUUGACGGCAACGAAAUGAAGGAACACUUGGACCAACAGAUGAAAGGUCUGCAAAAGGACGGCGAAGACGAGGCCAAAGUGAAAGAGUUGGUCGACAUUCGGUGCACCACUUAUAACAACUUAGCGAUGGCUCAGAUGAAGAUCGAGGACUUCAACGGUGCGCUCAAGUCGGUGGAGGCCGUACUCGUGAGUCAGGCCAACAAUGUGAAGGCUCUGUUCAGAAGAGGCAAGAUUUUGGCCGAAAAGGGCGAACUCGAACAGGCGAUCGAGUCGCUCAAGACUGGGCUCCGAUUAGAUCCGGACAAUAAAGCCAUCGCUCAGGAGCUGAACAAAUACGGCAACAAACGUAAGAAAGAGUUGGUCACCGAAAGGGAUCUCUACAAACGUAUGCUUCAAUUGGAUAAGUCGUCCACCGAUCCAUCGAAAGGUAUUCAAUCUAAUAGUUCUGACAAUAAGUGGCGUAAAUGGAGUCUUAUCGGGGGUGCGGUUACCGCCUCGCUAGCGGUGGUCAGUGCCCUCACCUAUAAGUUUAUACAAUAGGCCACCCGAGCAGGUGUUCAGUGCAAUUGUUAGCCAUUUUUCUAUAUUGUUUUUAAAUGAUGAAUAAAUUGUUUCCAUUUUUCAACACUUUUGUGAUAAUAAAUACACUCUCUGUCU